AUUGCAAAUUCAAUGUCAAAAAAAUCUCGACAUUUGUCCGUGUGUGUGAAGGAUGUCAGUUCCUUAUAAAUUCAUAAUAUUUCACAGGCAUUAAGUCGUUUUUGUUUUUAAAUACCAGGAGGGACGUUACUUCCGCUUCAGCGUCUGGCGUUUUUUUAUUUUCUGGAAUUUUCAGCUUCGCCCUCGGCUUUGCACGCAUUCAAACUGAACAGACGACUUUGAUUAACUUGCGCCUCCAUGCAACAACUUCCUGCAGGGGAGUUGUUACUUUUAGUAGUCUGGGAGUGGCCGUGUCUACCAGACACUUUGGAUCCUCAUACGGGACGGGUGAGUUGAGCAGGAACACAUGCUGAUGCAACAUGGCUCCACAUCCCAUUGUCCAGGCCAUCAUUGACUUCACAGCAGGAGCAGCAGGCGGCACGGCUUGCGUUCUCAGCGGGCAGCCACUGGACACCACCAAGGUGAAGAUGCAGACAUUUCCCACCAUGUACCGAGGAUUCACUCACUGCUUGGUGUCCACCUUCAGACAAGUGGGGGUGCGCGGCCUCUACAAGGGCACCACCCCGGCUCUGGUAGCCAACAUCUGCGAGAACUCGGUGCUCUUUGUGAGCUACGGGUUCUGCCAGGACCUGGUCCGCUCCUUGGCCAGCGUAGAUGAACUCAGCGAUGUCCAGAAGGCCUUCUCCGGGUCCCUGGCCUCCAUCUUCUCCUCCCUGGUGCUUUGCCCUACCGAGCUGGUCAAAUGUCGCCUGCAGGCCAUGUAUGAGAUGGAAGCCUCCGGCAAGAUCGCCACAGGACAGAAAAGAGUUUGGACGGUGGUGAAGUCGGUGAUGGAGACAAACGGUCCACUGGGCUUCUACCAAGGUCUGACGUCCACCAUGGUGAGGGAGUUUCCGGGCUACUUCUGCUUCUUCGGCGGCUACGAACUCAGCCGCUCCACCUUUGCGCGCUACAUGGGUACCGACAAGGAGGGCAUCGGCAUUCUUCCGCUCAUGUUCAGCGGCGGAUUCGGCGGAGCUUGCCUUUGGCUCUUGAUCUAUCCCAUCGACUGCGUGAAGUCCAGGAUCCAGGUGUACUCCUUAGCCGGGAGGCAAGAAGGCUUCCUGAAGACCUUCACGGGGAUCCUACGCAACGAGGGAUUCAGGGCUCUUUACUCGGGCCUCGCACCCACCAUGAUACGCACCUUCCCGGCCAACGGCGCCCUCUUCUUGGCCUACGAGUUCACUCGAAAGUUCAUGAUGGAGGCAGUGGGCGCCUGAUGUCCGCCGCGGUUUUCCACCGGCAGAACCAGUUUUGUAAUGGUUUUAAGUUUUGUUUCUGGUGUGCCUCCAAACUUCACGAAAAGGGUCGAUUUGUUUCGGGUUUUAUGUGAUGCUUUUAGAAGUGCCAAUACUGUGAAGAGCAAAUGCGCACAAUGUCUUUGAGUACGAAUUAGCAUUUUUUAAAAUGCGUAAGAUUUGGUUGGUCAUGAUUUUGAAUGAAAUCCUGGCGUAAACGCCGCAACUGGGCACAUUUUGAUCAUGCUCCCGCAAGAUCCAGUAGCUUGACCAAAAAUCUGCCUCGAGAAACGGAAUGUCACUCGUAUCUGAAUGCAGCAAUAUUUGUUGUUGUGGCUGGAGUAUGUCGUGAUGUACAAAUGUCAUUCUGGGAGGUGAGUGAAUGAGAGCUACCUCGUUUAGUCGUAGCAAUUUAUACUGUUCCGCGCUAUUUUUGAAUGCCGGGUGUUGAAGUCAAAUAUGAAUCAAAAUGGCAUUAAAUAAUGGAAUCAAA